AUGCUGCGUGUUUUUCAACGAGCCUCUCGCACGAUAGCCCCUGCUGCUCGUACGUUUAGCAGCGAGGCUGGAAACAACAAGUUGGUUCUUACGGAGAUUGACGAUAAAACGGGAUAUGCCACUGUUACACUAAACCGUCCGCCCGUAAACAGCCUGAAUCUGGAACUGUUGAAAGCUAUCUCGCAAACGUUGGAUGACCUACAAAAUAAUAAAUCCCGCGGAAUGAUACUGACUUCGUCAUCCAAUACGGUGUUUAGCGCUGGUUUGGACAUAAUGGAAAUGUAUAAACCGAACCAGGACCGAUUGAGGGACUUUUGGUCUACACUGCAGGAUGUGUGGUUCAAGCUGUACGGAUCUCCGUUUCCUACCGCUGCAGCCAUUAACGGUCAUGCACCAGCCGGUGGAUGUUUGCUAUCCCUCUGCUGUGAGUAUCGUGUCAUGUGCCCAAACUACACGAUCGGACUGAACGAAACGCAACUGGGUAUUGUGGCACCUACCUGGUUCCAGGCAUCGCUUCGCAACACUAUCUCCCGGCGGGAGUCCGAGCUGGCUCUGACGCUAGGGAAAAUGUACACCACGGACGAGGCACUGAAAGUUGGCAUGAUUGAUGAAGUGGCCGAGAACAAAGAGAAGGCCCUGGAACAAGCAACUAACUUUUUGAAUCGAUUCCGCAAGAUUUCUCCUAUGGCACGUGCAAUGACGAAACAAGCGCUGCGCAGCAAAGAUAUUGUUGAGCUGGAGGAUAAUCGGUCCCAGGAUAUUGAUCUAUUUGUUUAUGCCGUCAACCAACCAGCAGUCCAAAAGGGAUUAGAAGUUUAUCUCGAAAGUUUGAAGAAAAAGGCUCAAAAAUAAGUGGAGUGGCGUAG